ACCUGUCCGGGACCCGGCGCGGAACUCUCCUUCCCGGCUCUUUCACGGCAGAAUGAGUUACUCCGGCGACAUGUACAGCAGCAGCAGCAGCAGCAGCUCCUACCGCAAGAUCUUCGGCGACGCGCCGCGCUCGGGCCGCGCCAGUCUGGGCAGCCCGUCCCGGGUGCACUCCUCCGGCUACCGCAGCCGGACCUACGGCUCCCCGGCGGUGAUGUCGUCCGGCGGCGGCUACCGCCGGAGCGCCGCGUCCGGGCGCCUCUUCUCCAUGCCGGACCUGAGCCAGUCCACGGCGGUCACCAACGAGCUGAAGAUCGUGCGCACCAACGAGAAGGAGCAGCUGCAGGGUCUGAACGACCGCUUCGUGUCGUUCAUCGAGAAAGUGCACCAGCUGGAGCAGCAGAACAAGGUGCUGGAGGCGGAAGUGACGUCACUCCGCCAGCGCCACAGCGAGCCCUCGCGCCUCCACGAGCUCUACGAGCAGGAGAUCCGCGAGCUGCGCGCGCGCGUGGAGGAGAUGACGCACGAGAGGAGCCAGGCGCACCUGGACUGCGCGCAGGUGAGCGAGGCGCUGGAGCGCCUGCGCGACAAGCUGGACGAGGAGGCGCGGCUCCGCGAGGAGGCCGAGGGCGCCCUGAAGGCGUACCGCAAGGACGUGGACGACGCCACCCUGGCGCGCCUGGAGCUGGAGAAGAAGGUGGAGUCGCUGCUGGACGAGAUCGCCUUCCUGCGGAAAGUCCACGAGGAGGAGCUGCAGGAGAUGCAGUCGUCGCUGCAGGCCACGCAGGUGUCCGUGGAGAUGGACAUGAGCCAACCGGACCUGGCGGCGGCCCUGAAGGACAUCCGGGCCCAAUAUGAGAACCUGUCAUGCAGGAACCAGGCCCAGGCAGAGGAGUGGUACCGCUCCAAGUUCGCAACCGUGACGGAGGCCGCGGCUCGCAACCAGGACGCCAUCAAGCACUCAAAGGAGGAAUUGACCGAGUACCGCCGGCAGGUGCAAGCCCGCACCUUGGAGAUCGAGGCCCUGCGGGGCCACAACGAGGCCCUGGAGAGGCAGAUCGCUGAGAUGGAGGACCGCCACAACGGCGAAGUCGGAGACAUGCAGGACACUAUUGAGCAGCUGGAGGCGGCGCUGCGCAGCACCAAAGGAGAAAUGUCUCGCCACCUGCGGGAGUACCAGGAUCUGCUCAAUGUCAAGAUGGCUCUGGACAUUGAAAUUGCCGCUUACAGGAAGCUGCUGGAAGGCGAGGAAUGCCGCCUGAGCACCGUUGGCGGCGCCAUGGUCCAGUCCGGUUACCCGGGCUUCUCCUACAUGUCGUCCCGCACCUACUCCAUGGGCGCCUACAGGAAGUCCAAACCGGAGGAGGAGGAGGAAGAGGAGGAAGACAAGGAGGAGGAGGACGACGAGGGGGAGGACGAAGACGAGGGCGUGGACCAGGAGGGAGGUGACGGUGAGGAAGAGGAAGAAGACGAGGAGGAAGAGAAGAAGAAGCCUAAAGAGAAGGAUGAGAAGGAGAAGGAGAAGGAGAAGAAAAGCCCAAUUGAGAAGACCAGCAAGAACUAAAGUGCUUAUGUAGCUUCACCAGCAUCACCACUCUUCAUUGUUCAUGCGUGUAUAACAUGGUUGCAUCAUCCACACACACACACACACACACACACACACACACACACUGAAUCAGCGGAAAAGGUUCGAUCCAGGGGUGUCAAACACAUUUCACGGAGCAAAAUCUAUUCCCAAGUGGGCCGGAAUGGUAAAAUCAUGGCAUGAUAACUGAAAAAUAAAGACAACUCCAGGUUGUUUUUCUUUGUUUUUACUUUGGCCAAAAAUACAACAAGUGCAUUCUGAAAAUGUACAAAUCACAAAACAAUCCUCUGGACGAAACACUUCAAGUUUGUUGAAGUUUGGACUUUGGUCUCAGUGUAUCUGCAAAGCCGGGGAUUAAACUUUAACUCACAGUCUUUCUGGCAUUGAACAAAAAAACAGGUAAACUCUUCGAGGUAUCAAAUAGCUGUGGGAUUGAUAGGUGGACAUGACCAAGGCAUACUUGCCAACCCUCCCCGAUUUUCCUGGGAGAUUCCCGAAUUUCUGUGCCACUCUCGAAAAUCUCCCGGAGCAACCAUUCUCCUGAAUUUCUCCCGAUUUCCACCCGGUCAACAAUAUUGGGGGCGUGCCUUAAAGGCACUGCCUUUAGCGUCCUCUCUCACCCGAAAAGUAGACUAUUAUAUAUGUCUCCGUUAUCCAUAGGUUUAUCGAUGCUGACACAAUUUCCCUGCGCUUGUUGAGGGAUGACAGGUCAGGGUGGUAUAUAAUAAACAGUUUCUCUUUUAAGUUGCAAGGUGUGCUGGAUGCAAGAAUUUGCCAUGUUAUUGAAUAUCCAACAUUAUUGUCUUUGAGGUUCCAAAUGCGCUUGCUGAGUUCUGUAGAAUUCCGCAGGCUCUGGUUUCUAAAAGAAGCCUUGUGACUGUUUAUUAUAAACCACCCAGACCUGGCAUCCCUCAACAAGCGCAUUGAAAUUGUAUCAGCAUGCCGUCACGGAAGGAAACACCUCCUAGGUAACACAUGAGCCAAUCACCACGCCCCUACGCCUGCCUGUACCCACCCACUCUGUGCCCUAUAAAAACCAUGGUAUGUGGAUGCUUCCAUUAAAAUCUCCUGAUGAUUGAGGGAACCCCUCAUGAAACAGUUCUGUAGAGA